GCGCGGAGGGGCGGCCCCGGCCUACCGGCCCCGCCCCCGAGGAGAACGCAGGCGGCGGCGUGAUGGCGGCUAGCGGCGGCGUCACGUCGGUGGUGCUGCUCUGGCUGGUCGUGUCGCUGCUAUCCGAUGACGCCUGGGGCUCGGAGGCGGUUGGGGCGGCGGAGUCGUCGGGCGGCGCGGGCCCUGGGGAGCGGUUUAAGAUCGAGGGCCGGGCCGUGGUGCCGGGGGUGAAGCCGCAGGACUGGAUCGCGGGGGCCCGGGUGCUGGUGGACGGGGAGGAGCACGUCGGCUUCCUCAAGCGUUCACAACGGCCAGUCCUGUGGUGGGAGUCUGUAGUGCUGACAGAUGGAAGUUUUGUGGUUCAUGAUAUACCUUCUGGAUCUUACGUAGUGGAAGUUAUAUCCCCUGCUCAUAAAUUUGAACCGGUUCGAGUUGACAUAACUUCGAAAGGCAAAAUGAGAGCAAGGUAUGUAAAUUACAUCAAAACUUCUGAAGUUGUCAGACUGCCAUACCCACUUCAGAUGAAAUCUUCUGGACCUCCUUCAUACUUUAUAAAGAGGGAAUCUUGGGGGUGGACAGAUUUCCUCAUGAACCCUAUGGUGAUGAUGAUGGUUCUUCCAUUACUGAUAUUUGUGCUAUUACCUAAAGUUGUCAACACCAGUGAUCCUGACAUGAGACGGGAAAUGGAGCAGUCAAUGAACAUGCUGAAUUCCAACCACGAGCUGCCGGACGUCUCUGAAUUCAUGACAAGACUUUUCUCUUCAAAAUCUUCCAGCAAGUCUGGUAGUAGCAGCAGUAAAGCAGGGAAAAGUGGUGCUGGAAAAAGGAGGUAGUUUUGUCUUCCUCCUAGGCCUGAGUUUGCACAAGUGUUUGUUAUGUGGCAUCAUGUUUAUUUGUCUUUAAAGAUCAAAAAGCCACUACUGUAAACUUUAAUCAGGCAUGAAAAUGGAAUGCUACAACUCUUGUGUGUAGCUUUUUUAGUCUAUUUAAGCAGUUUUGUACUUGACAGUAAGCAAAAGAAGAUAUGGCUUCAAUACUGUAUCUGUGUAAAGUCACUGAUAUACUGAAUUAACUAUAUUGCUCUGUAGAGAAUGAUAUAAACUAUAUGAUGUGCUAAACAGUAAUGAAUGUCUUAAUGGUGAGACAAUAUAUAAAGAAAUUCUUUCAAAGAUA